AUGACGUCGCUCUUUCUCUCCUCCUUAGCGCUUCCUCCGCCGCCCCCCGCACUGCCACCCGCGGGCACCGAGGCAGCAGCCCACUUUCUGUCUGAGCUCGGCCCCGGUAUCAACAUCAUGGCGACCAUGCUGUGCACUUUUUCUGUUGAUGAAGCCGACUUCGAAGGGCUGUCCUCGCGUGUUGGGCAUGGGCUGCACAACUUCAGUACCUGUCCAGCCACAAUUUGGCAAUUUUCGGGUGGCAAUGACAAGGGCGACAUGGCCGCGAUAUUGGAGGACGACAAAUGCUUCAAAAGGCUCAAGAAAUGGGUGACGGUGGUGCUCGACCCGAUACACAAGCCCCUAUGCUGUGGCUUGGAGCUUGAUCCCAUCACCCUGAAGUUGGUGUGGGCUGCGCUCAUCACAGCCUUCCCGUUGGGUGAGUUUCCCGCCGAUAUGGUCGCCUUUGAGCUCAUCAACGAGCCAGGGACAAAAAUGGAGGCAGUUCUCUUCGACGCCAAGGAGAUCAAUCAGUUUGUCGACUGGCCGGGUCCGGUCGUGGCCACGUUUCACUACUACGAUCCUCGGGAGUUCACCAGCUUUAUUCCCGACGUCACUGACCCGGAAAAGAUCGUCUUCUGGAACCAGAGCCUGGGCUGGCGCGCCGUUCACGAGGCCUUCGCUGAGGUCAACGACACGAUCAGGCUGCCAGUGUACCUCGGCGAGUUCGGCGUCAACUACGACUUUAUUGAUGCUGGCCAUGCUGUAGAUUGGAUCAGCGCAGUCCGCGAUGCCGCAGAGUAUUUUGGCUUUCAAUGGGCGUACUGGUCAUACAUUGCCGGCAAGAAAUUCGCCGUCUCACAACCGACGGCGGCGCUACGGCUGCACGAGUGGGACUGCAGCCCGCUGAUGGUUGCGCUCUUUGACCAUCCGAUCAACACCACUGACUGUCCCGAACGUAUCGAAACAGAGGCAGCCGACUUUUGGAGCGACGCUCGCGCUCUGAAUCCUCGCUUUUUGAGCGUGUGGGCAGCACGUGAAUGGAACUACGCUCUGUCAGAAAUUGACAAUACAACCACGUGCAACGACGAGAGGCCCUGGGCGCCAGUUGAACCGAUAGUCGUACUCGCCUCUGACUGGACCUUUCUGCGCGAUCAAGACGUUCUCCUGGCGAGUGCGAUGCGCCUGGACUGGCUGCGGCGCGUGCACCGAAUGCCUGCCAACGCCGCUUCCGACCCCCGUGCCGCCAGCCUCGCCACCGCCGCUGACAUGCAGACCUUUCUGCGCGAUCAAGACGUUCUCCUGGCGAGUGCGAUGCGCCUGGACUGGCUGCGGCGCGUGCACCGAAUGCCUGGCGCCGCCUGA